AUGGACGAUAAGCGUAACGCUGUCGACUUUCUCAAUGCCAAUAGCAAAGAACUAAAGCUUGAAUACGUGCCCAAUGGCAAGACCCAGCAAUCACCGUUAGCAGACCCCUACGCCGAUGCGUACGACAUCGCAAGCCGAUGUCGCGAGUGGACCUCUUUUCAAUCGUCGUCGGCGCUCUUAGCGCACUUAAUGCCAGGACACUUCUCUACCCCUUGGAGAGGCGCAAGCCUCGUAUGGCCAGAGCGGAUUGCCUACACGGAGAAGACGGUCGAGAUGGUAUACGUGCAGACCCUAGUUAGACGCAUCAACAUCGUCAUGAACGUGCUGGGACGCGCCACGACCAUCAUCGGUACCCCCGGGUCUUUCCCCAGCAUGGCUAUCGAUUUCGAAGGAGCUGAAACGACCAUCAAGCCCGACUGGCUCGUCGUGCGCGGUGUCUCGCCCGAGGAGUCGCCGCCCGACGUGCCGACACUGCAAAACAAGCACGUCUGUGCCGUGGGAGACACCAAACUCCUCCAUCCGGACAGCGUCACGGCUGAGCGUAUGGCGCAGGACAUCCUGCCGGGAACGAGCACAUGCCAUAAGGCGUUCAUCGGGCAGGUGGUCCACUACUGCAUAAACCUAGGGGUACGGUUCGGGUUUGUGCUAACCAACACGGAGCUGGUGGUGAUGCAGGUCCUGACAGAGGACAGCAACAUGCGGGAUCGGCCCGUCUCGACACGGUCCAGGGCCCUGCGUGUGCCCUCUCCCGCAAGCGACAUAAGGCUCCCUGGUUCAGACAUAUACUCGUCUCCGCAGGGACGGGGAAUUUGGCAGUGGCGCAACUUCACGGACGGCGAUCACGAUAUCCCUGAUGCACCAUUGACACCAAUGCACCAGCAAUCAUUAGGGUUUCGGGCUAGAGGGGCUCGGAUGAGCACACCAGCAUCAGACUCGGUGGUGGAACCUGAGGAGGAGUCGCCCGCAGCCGCCCGGGCAAAUCGUCGACCGCCAGCGGUAUUUAGUAGCAAGGCCAAAAACGCUGACAGUGAUAUGGGUCACAUGCAGACGACAUGCUUACCGUUCUCUUCGCCGUCGCAGUCGUCGCCGCCGGCGCCAUCGUCGCUUCCUCUGGGACUAGACUCGGCAUAUCCCUCAUCAUCACAGCCAUCUUUGUACGCACCCGAGAGACGGGAUUGUGAAAUCUCCAACGUCCUGGUUCGGAGUUUCCCCAUGGACUACGAUACUGACAAUCCGGCAAGCAGCAAUCCUUAUCGGGCACUCGCAGUCCUCGUUGAGCUGGCUACCCGAGGCAAGGAGCAUGGGGUGUCGAGCUUGGAUUCGCGUAAAUUAUGGUUCGAUUAG